GCUGGGUCGUAGAGGCUGGGCUGCAGGUCAAGGAUGCAUUCCAAGAAAGUUCCAUAAAAAUAUAUCAGCUCCAACCUGAUAGUUGACCUAGCCAUGGAAAACCUCAUUGGAUCCUCAGUAGAUCAGACCGUAACUGGCACUCUUAAAAGUUCUUCCCAUGAAAAAGUAUCAAGAAUGAAAAUCUAAGAUAUAUUCCUACCACCUCAAGAAGUUCCUGUAUAAGGCAACAGUCUAGCAGAUCAGCUAGUUUCUCUCAUCAACAAACAGACAUACUCAAGUCAUGAACACAGCAGAGGGCACAAAAUGUCUCUAUAUCAAUGUUUUUUACACUGUAUGUGACCCAUUAGUGGGUCAUGAAAUCAAUUCUGUGAGUCACAAUGAACAUUUUAAAAAAACAACAAAAUAAAAUAUAAAAUAUCAGACUCCUUUGCCUGAAUUACACACAUUGCAAGGAAUACUGAGGUCAAUUUCAAUAUGUAAGAAAGGUAUUUGAUGGAGGGAAUAUUAUGAUUAGAAUGUAUAUUGGCUAAGAAAUGGUUUUCAGUCAUUUGCUCAUAGGUGUCUUGUUUGGUUUUCAUAGUAGCAAGGUUAAUGUUGUACUGUCUAGUUUUAUAUUACCAUGACUUGCAGCUAAAUGUGAAGUCUGAGAUAUUCAACUGAGAUUCAGUUGUAAACUUUGCAUUUUUUGAAACGAUGUUAUGUAGGUCAUAUUUAUAUAUAUUAGUCUUUUUCUUUUUUUGAGUUAGUAGCAAUUAUAACAUUUUAAUCAAACUGGAAUAUAGUACUUUAAAAUGGAUCAUUUCUUUAUUAAAAGAAAGAGGAAUAAUGAAGUGAAAUAUGCGGAAACAUGUUCAAGUUCAACUGUUGGAUCUGGAAGUGUGAAUAGUGACAACAUUGAGAAAAAUACUGACUUUAAUCUGCAAACUUCAGCGUCAUAUGAGCCGCAUUUCAAAAAGAAAAAAACAAGUGCAAGACGUUAUAAUGAAGACUACUUAAAAUAUGGUUUUAUCAAAUGUGAAAAACCCUUUGAAAAUGACAGACCUCAGUGUGUUAUUUGUAAUAAUAUUCUUGCAAAUGAAAGCUUAAAGCCUUCAAAAUUAAAAAGGCACUUAGAAACUCAGCAUGCUGAACUUAUUGAUAAGCCUCUUGAAUAUUUUCAAAGAAAGAAAAAAGACAUAAAGUUAUCAACACAAUUUCUUAGUUCUACUACUGUUAGUGAGAAAGCCUUAUUAUCAUCAUAUUUAGUUGCAUAUCGUGUGGCAAAAGAGAAAAUGGCUCAUACUGCUGCUGAAAAAAUUAUUCUUCCAGCAUGUUUGGAUAUGGUGCGUACAAUUUUUGAUGAUAAAUCAGCUGAUAAAUUAAAAACUAUACCUAGUGAUAACAUAGUAUCUCUUCGAAUUUGUACUAUUGCCGAACAUUUAGAAACAAUGCUAAUUACUCGGUUACAGUCUGGUAUAGAUUUUGCAAUCCAGCUUGAUGAAAGCACCGAUACUGGAAGCUGUGCAACACUUUUAGUUUAUGUCAGGUAUGUGUGGCAAGAUGAUUUUAUGGAGGAUUUUUUGUGUUUUUUAAAUUUAACCUCACACCUAAGCGGAUUAGAUAUUUUUACAGAAUUAGAAAAGUGCAUUGUUGGCCAAUAUAAGUUAAACUGGAAAAACUAUAAAGGAAUUACAAGUGACAGAACAGCAAGCAUAACUGGAAAGCAUAGCAGAGUAAUUAAAAAACUGCUAGAAGUUACUAAUAAUGGUGCUAUGUGGAAUCAUUGUUUUAUACAUCGUGAAGGAUUAGCAUCCAGAGAAAUGCCACAGAAUCUCAUGGAAGUAUUAAAAAAUGCAGUGAAAGUUGUUAAUUUUAUUAAAGGAAGCUCACUGAAUAGCCAACUUCUUGAAACAUUUUGUUCAGAGAUUGGAACUAAUCAUACCCACUUACUAUAUCAUACCAAAGUUCGUUGGUUGUCUCAAGGGAAAAUACUAAGCAGGGUUUAUGAACUCAGGAAUGAGAUUCACAUUUUUCUAAUUGAAAAGAAAUCUCAUUUGGCAAAUAUUUUUGAAGAUGAUAUUUGGGUCAUAAAAUUGGCAUAUUUAACUGAUAUUUUUGGCAUUCUUAAUGAACUGAGUUUAAAACUACAGGGGAAAAACAGUGAUAUAUUCCAACAUGUUGAACGUAUACAAGGAUUCCGAAAGACAUUAUUGUUAUGGCAAGCAAGGCUUAAAAGUAAUCGUCCUAGCUACUAUAUGUUUCCAAAAUUUUUGCAACAUAUCGAAGAGAAUAUUGUUAAUGAAAAUAUUUUGAAAGAAAUAAAAUUAGAGAUAUUGUUGCAUCUCACUUCUCUAUCUCAAACUUUUAACCAUUUCUUUCCAGAAGAAAAAUUUGAAACAUUAAGGGAAAACAGUUGGGUAAAAGAUCCAUUUGCUUUUCGAAACCCCGAGUCAAUAAUUGAGCUAAACUUGGUGCCUGAAGAAGAGAAUGAAUUAUUGCAGCUUAGUUCUUCAUAUACAUUGAAGAAUGAUUAUGAGACCUUAAGUUUAUCAACAUUUUGGAUUAAGAUAAAGGAAGACUUUCCUUUGCUAAGUAGAAAGAGUGUCCUGCUCUUACUACCCUUCACAACAACUAGUUUGUGUGAACUAGGAUUUUCUAUCUUAACCCAGUUAAAAACAAAGGAAAGAAAUGGGCUGAAUGGUGCAUCAGAUAUGCGGGUAGCAUUAUCUUCCUGUGUUCCCGACUGGAAUGAACUUAUAAACAGGCAAGCACACCCAUCAUAUUAAAUAAAAUUUUACCUAGUUUUCAUUUUUGUAUUUCUUAUUUUGUAGUAUUUUUCUAUGUUAUAUUUAAAUGUUAAUAUAACAGUGUAUGUGAUGCCUUUGUUACGUUUUCAAUUUUGUUAUAUUUAAAUAAUAAAAUUGUGAUAUAUGUUCAU